CAGGGAGAGUUUUGUUCGCGUUGGGAUCGUGCGGAAAGGCGAUGCCACUACAAUUGAUGCAUCAUAAACAUCAGUCGGUAAGGCCGUCUUCCAGACAACAGCGCGGUAAAUGACAUGAAAGCAACAUUACAGCACGGUGCACGUCACUAAGGGGGACAGCACAUAGCCUGCAGCCAAGUGGACAGCAAUGGCACCGAUAAGACCAAACACGAAACGCAUCGAAUUUGCGGAAGUGAGCGGGCGGGUGGGGCCUCGCCAGUAAUGUGACCACAGACGCCGUUAGGAUUGCGUGAAACGAAGCGUUAUGUAUGACCCUACAAAGACCCGUGGAGAUUUUUAAGGCCGGACGCGAAAUGAAACGAGGACGUGCGCAAUGUUGAAGGGGCGACUGAAAUAGAGUUUAUAUGCACUAAUUGUCUGGCGCUGAGUGAGGGGGCUAACUAACACCAAGAGGAUUACCAUCAUCAUCAUCAUCACACAAGCGAGAUCUCAUGACUGGAGCAAUGUGAAACGCUGAUAUCGCUCAUUCCUUCAGUAUAUUGAGGAAUAAUAAUGAACAACGCGCAAGAUAUGUCUCCCGAUUUUGUCUUGAUGCGCCUGGUCUCCGCGGCCGAGGAUGACCGCUUGGACGAGGAGAAUGGGAAUCUGUCGUCGGGCACCGGACUGACGGUGGCUAUCAAGGGGAACUUUGAAUGCACGCAGAAUCACGGCCACAUCUCGGCGGUGAACAAAGCUCCGCAGGCCAGCGGAACGGAGGCACCUGACGCGGGAGUGAUGGCGACUAGACCUGCGCUGUCUGUGCCGCCUCCUCCUCUUCAUUCAUCCGAGGCCCACGGGUACGAUCUCACCCACCGAGGUGGAAUGGGGCCUCAGCUGUUGGUGUUCAGAAACAUAUCGAGAGACUCGGAAGCAUUUGCCGAGAACAACUCGGAGGAUCAGCGCAGGGCUUUUGAGGACCAAGCGGUACUCGCUUCCGAAUCUGGCGCUGUGGACGCUCAGCAUCCGCCUACAUGGACGCUGCAUCCGCAGCUCAAGCUGCCAGCGGUUGCUACGGAUACGGAUGGAGCCGAGCUGUGCCACCGGCAUCGCUUGAUCACAGACAAACAAGACUGGCCGCCGGUGGUGGAUCACAAAACGAGCUCGAUGACAGAGCCGGGCUGGAGCUGCACGACGGCACAGCGGCAGCUCCAGCUGCCCGACGGUCCCGUGCUGGAGCUUGCGAGGAAAUUCGGCGAGCUGGGAGUCGCUCCGGUACCCGAGUUUCUGCUCAAGGAUGGCGAGCUGCAGCACUGCUCGUGUCAAAGCGUGCUCGGCUCGGCUGGAAUCAGGCAGGGAGAGGACCCGACCGAGACCAGCGAUGCUCUGCUGGUGCUGGAGGGCCUCGGGUCAGAGGAGGUGAACGGCCUGGGCAUCAAUGCCUGCCAGAAGACCGAGUCUCAGAACGCUGAGCCGGGCGCGUUUACGCUCAAGUGUUUCCCGUCGGUGCUGUCCGGACAGGCUAUGGGGGUGUCCGGGGGACUUUGCUCGCCGGCGUGUUGUUUGUUACGAGACUCGGUAAACACAAGGCCUCAGGCCCCUACCAGCGACAAACUGACUCCCGAGGUCCUGUCCCAAGCCGAACCCAGCCAGAACACCCCGUGCUCUAGCCAGGCGUCCACACCGAAGGCUCGGCCGGACAGGAGCACGACCCGGGCGCAUCUUUCCGCUGCGAGCGGAGGUGAGAAGACUCUGAAAGUACCAGGGAAAUCCAGGAAGGGCUCGCUUAAAAUACGCCUGAGUAAACUUUUCAGAACUAAAAGCUGUAGUGGCUCUAACAACCUUUUGGACAAGAGACCCUCAGUCACGUUCUCCAUAUCCUCAGCGGGCAGUUUAGUUGACAUGUCUGGAGCGAGCGGUGGGGAACAAGACACGGCCAGCCAACCUGGACUAACAAGGGCACAAAGUGCCUUUUCUGCAGCCUCUUUUACUCCCGUUUUUACAGGAGAGACUGUGUCCUUGGUUGAUGUGGACAUCUCUCAGAGAGGCAGGAACUCCCCUCACCCUCCCACUCCUCCACCUCCCCCUCGGCGGAGCCUCAGUCUGCUAGACGAUAUAGGUGGGCCGCAGCCUGGGCCUUUCCUAGUGAGUGUAAUGGGGGCCUCCCUGCAGUCUCUCCCUCUGCCUCUUCCUCCUCCUCCCCCUCUCCACGCUACCAUCCAGCAUAGUCUCAGCCUCAAUGAUGCUUUCUUCCGGGCACUUCCACAUUCGGCCCCAUCACCAAUGGAGACUCCGGCCCCUGCUCGAGUGGCCCCACCCCCAAUCAUGUGUCCACUGAGAGGAGCCGAUUCCAGCAGCUUCACUGCCAGCCUGAGAGAGCUGGAGCGGUGUGGCUGGUAUUGGGGGCCGAUGAACUGGGAGGAUGCUGAAAUGAAGCUUAGAGGAAAACCAGAUGGCUCGUUUUUGGUGCGGGACAGUUCAGACCCACGGUACAUCCUCAGCCUCAGCUUUCGCUCACAGGGAGUCACACACCACACGCGUAUGGAGCACUACAGAGGAACCUUCAGUUUAUGGUGCCACCCUAAAUUUGAGGACCGUUGCCAUUCUGUGGUCGAAUUCAUUGAGCGAGCCAUCAUGCACUCUAAAAAUGGAAAAUUCCUCUACUUCCUACGUUCACGUGUACCUGGGUUGCCCCCGACCCCUGUUCAGCUGCUCUAUCCGGUCUCACGCUUCAGCAAUGUGAAAUCACUCCAGCAUCUGUGCCGUUUCUGCAUUCGACAACUCGUCCGCAUAGACCACAUCCAGGAGCUGCCCCUUCCGAAACCACUCAUUGUCUACUUGAGGAAGUUCUAUUACUAUGAUCCAGAGGAAGAGAUGUACCUGUCAAUCAAAGGCAUGCGCCAGGCAGCAGGUGUGGAACAGGAAGCCGAGUCUGAAACAUAGCCAGAUCGCUCCUUUUCACUGAUUUCUGUGUGUGGGUAAUAGAUGGAACAGCGCAUGGACACUUCCUGGUGCACAGCUCUGCUCCAACUCCCUGCCAGUCUUCCAGCAGAAGCCAAUGAACAUCAGCCGACUGGCCCCUCCUCUUUGACCAAUACGCGGACAGAGGGAGUACAGAGGAGUGCUGGAAUACUGUCUAUGUUGAGCAGGCAAAUAAAUCCAGAGACUGACAUGAUAGACAAAGGACUUGAAAGGUCACUGGACAGCAAACAGUGGACUUAUAAAAAAAAAAGAAUAAGUUAAAAAAAACGAACGAGGACAUUUGACUUGGGGUACUAGCAAAAGCCUUCAUCUGUAGGUUAUAUUACACUGGAGUUUUUAAACUGGCCAGUUUGUGAAACCGUCUCUGUUUGGUUCUUCUUUCUUUCCUCAUCAGGCCCCUGCCCCUGGGUGGAGUGUGUGACCCCUUUAUUUGUCCUUUCCCUGAUUGUAACUCCUUCAGUCUGAUCAGGCCACAUGAACUGUAUUUUGAGUAAAAGACAAAGUAAACUUGAAAAUAAGUGGUGGUAUACUUGAUGACUUUUUCACAUUAUUUAUGAUUUAGGAUUAUAAUCGGUUGAAUUUAAGUUGGUCUCAACACUGGAUGCAUCUGUUUUUCCUUGCAGAUCACUAUAUUAAGUUACUAUGCAUAUAUAUUUGAGUGACCCUGGACCACAAAACCAGUCAUAAGUAGUACAGGAAUAUUUAUAGCAAUAGCCAAAAUUACAUUUGCAUAGGUCAAAUUUUUCGAUUUUUCUUUUAUGCCAGACACCAUUAGGAUAUUCAGUUAAGAUCAUGUUCGAUUAAGAUAUUUUGUAAAUUUCCUACUGUAAAUAUAAAAAACUUAAUUUUUGAUUAGUAAUAUGCAUUGCUAAGAACUUAAUUUGGACAACUUUAAAGGGGUCAUCGGAUGCAAGCUUCACUUUUACAUGUUGUUUCACUUACAGCAGAAGUGACUAUAAGGGUUUUUUUUAUGAAUCUCUGCAAUCACCUUUUCUAAUAACGUGCUAGUUAGCAAGUUUCGCGGCUAAACACGCUAAAUGUGGCUAAAGUAAACAAUCUCUCAGAGCAGCACAUCACUCAGCACGCAGAGCUCAUUUGCAUUUAAAGGAACAAUUCCUCAGAAUUUUUGCAGAACUCAUUUUGACAAGGUAAAAAGGGUGUUGUUUUACACAGCCAUUGAGAAUUUUUAACCGAAGUAUAUUAUAGACUUUUAAUUACACCCUAAAGAAUCAUAUCAACUUGUGGAAAAUGGGCAUCCGAUGACCUCUUUAAAGACGAUUUUCUCAAUAUUUAGAUUUUUUGCACCCUCAGAUUCCAGAUUUUGUCCAAUAUUGACCUAUUCUAACCUAACAAACCAUAUAUCAAUGGAAAGCUUAUUUAUUUAGCUUUCAGAUGAUGUACAAAUCUCAAGUUAAAAACUACCCUUAUAUCUGUUUUUGUGGUCCAGGGUCAUAUAUAUAUAUAAUUGAUAAGUUGUUCUGUAUUAAGGCAAGGCAACACAGGCAAAGACAUUGUUUUUUCAUGCACUGGUCAAUAUUGAGAUUUUAAGAAUUGGCUUUUCAUAAUGUGAUAUUUCAGACUAGUGGAAAGGAAACAUCCCAAAUACACAAUUUUGUUGUAUGCACUUUAUCCAUUUGUGUCUAUUUGGGAUUUCAAUUACGAUACACUUCAAUAAUGCCUACACCAAACUUUACAGUUUUUUUCUUGUCUAUAUUCUGAAUGUUUUAGGGAGGA